AACCAUUUCUUUUCUUCAAGUUAUGCAUCCGCAAUGGGCUGACCUUCUCCUGAGUCCCAUCAUCAAUACCACAAUUUCAAAGUUGAUUUCCAUUGCUGCUGAGCAAAUCAGCCUUGCUGUCGGCUGGAAGAAGGAGCUUGAAACGCUUCAGAACAAACUGCGCAUGAUCAAGGAUGUGUUGCUGGACGCAGAGGAGAGACAUGUGCGAGACCGUGCUGUGAAGGGUUGGCUUGAGAAGCUCAGGGAUGUGGUUUGUGAAGCUGAUGAUGUACUGGAUGAGGUUGCUUACGAGAGUGAGAAGUGCAAGGUGGAGAAUCAAAACCAAAAGCUGAAAAAGGUGCAUAAAUUCUUUACCUCCAAUCCCUUGCUAUUUCGUAGUGAGAUUGCUGGGAAGAUUAGGAAAACUAUUGCAUCGGUAGAAGCUAUUAAUAAUGAAGCGAGAGAGUUUGGACUCCAAAAUAGACUUGCUGGCACAGUGGUUUCUGAGCAUAGAAGAAACGCACAGACCCAUUCCACUAUUGGUGAUUUAUCAGAGGUUGUGGGGAGAGAGGAUGAUAUCUCCAAAAUAGUGCACCUCCUAACUGACUCAUCUAAUGAGUUACGCCUUUGUGUAUUCUCUUUAGUGGGUAUGCCAGGUCUUGGUAAAACCACUUUAGCACAAGCAGUGCGUAAUGACGAGCGAAUCAAAAACUAUUUUGGUAAAAUAAUGUGGGUUUGUGUGUCGGAUAAUUUUGAAGUAGAGAAGAUUUUAACAGAAAUGUUGGAGUCUCUUACUGGGAAUUCUUGUACAAUAAAAAACAAAGACACUGUGAUUCAAAAAAUAAGAGAAACCAUGGGGGAGAACAACUUUCUUCUGGUACUGGAUGAUAUGUGGGAUGAAAAGAGUCAUGGGAAAUUUGAAGACUUGAGAAAUUGUUUGCUUGGGAUAUGUAAAAACUCAAGGAAUAGAGUUAUUGUGACAACGCGAGAUGAAAGGGUUGCAUUGAAAAUGAGAAUGCAUCAUGAACACAUGCAUCGUCUUGGGAAACUACAAGAUGCUGACUGCUGGUCUAUUAUCAAGAACAGAGUAUUUGGAAAUGCUUCUAUACCUCCAGAAUUGAAGAACGUCGGAUGGGAUAUUGCUCAAUUAUGUGGAGGUGUGCCAUUAGUUGCAAGGGUUAUAAGAGGCAUUUUGUGUACAGAAAGGUUGGACAGAGUUACGUGGUUGUCAAUUAAAAGGAAGAUUGAGGCACUGGGUCCACUUGAACAUGAUGUAGAAAGCACAGAUUUUCUUAUGGAAAAAGAGAUGUUGAUUCAGCUUUGGAUGGCCAUGGGAUUUCUUCAAUCUACUGAAGAAAGUCUUAUGACAAUGGAAGAUAUCGUAACAACAAAUUUAAGAGAUAUUGCUCCAAAGUUGCACACUUUGUUUUUAAAGGGUGAUUUUUCCAAUGAUAUGAAGAUGGAUCUUAGAAGUUUACGAGUUUUGAGUUUUGUUGAUUCUGUUGAUACUGAACAAUUGCCACCAUGUUUUGGCAACAUGAAGAAUAUGAGGUAUUUAGAUAUUUCAAGAACUCGGAUAACAAAACUGCCAAAGUUCAUCCCCAAGCUAUACAAAUUGCAAACAUUUAGAUUCAUGGCUUGCAGAUCUCUAGAAAUGCCUCCUGAAGGAAUUGGAAGUUUAAUCAACUUGAGGCAUAUAUACUUUAGUGAUGAAGAACAGAUGCCCGCAAACAUUGGGAAACUAACGUGUCUUCAAACAUUGCCAAAGUUCUUUGUAGGCACAACAAAGGGACGCAAAAUUGAAGAAUUGGGCAACUUGAGAUGGCUCAGAGGAAGUUUGAAGAUCUGUAAUCUUGAGCAUGUUAAGGACAAAUCAGAAGCUAUGGGAGCAAAGUUAACUGAGAAGACAAUUUUUGAGUUGAGAUUAAGAUGGGGAAAAGAAAGCAAUCAAGAUGAAGAUGUUUUGGAAGGUCUUCAACCACACUCAGAUCUGCAAGUAUUAGAAAUUGAUGGUUAUGGAGGCAAAAACUGGUCAUCAUGGAUGUCAAAGAAUGUUUUGAAUUGUGAUAUGUUUUUGCUCAAGAAUUUGGCAAAAUUGAGAAUUGUGCAGUGCAAAAAGUUAGAAAGUAUUCCAGUAAUAACAGGAUUUUCAUCUCUUCAGAUGCUUUCCAUUUCAAACUGUACUGAAUUGAGUACUAUAGCCGAGGGAGCAUUUGCUAAAUUGGCAUCCCUCAAAGAAUUACACAUAUCCAAUUGUCCCAAGUUGGAAAGGGUUUCAUCAAAUGGUUUAAUAUUGCCUCAGUCACUCUUAAUUCCAGAUUGCAGAGAGUUGAAUAGCCUAUCAACCGCCACAUGUCUAAAAGUUCUAAAUUUGCGUGGCUGUAAAAAUCUAAGGUCUAUUCCAAAUCUAUGGGGGCUUAGUUCUCUUGAAAAGGUAAUAUUUAAGCGUUGUGGAUUAGAGCAUCUACCCAGCGGACUAUCAUCUUGCAUCGCUCUUAAGAAAUUGAAAAUAUCGAAAUGCCAUAGCCUGAUCUCCAUUCCAGAAGAAUUGAAGGAAAUACAUUCUUUGGUUGAUUUGCGGAUUCAAUGGUGUUCAAAACUGAGGAGCAUCCCAGAAAAUACCCUCAAUUCCCUUACCAGCUUGAAGACAUUGAUUAUUGGUGGUUUCUCAGAAGAAUUGGAGGAAUUUCCUGGUCUCAGUGCCAUCCACAGCCUCCAAGCCUCCCUUGAACGCUUGGAUUUGAUUGGAUGGGAAAAACUAACUGAGUUUCCACAUCAAAUUCAAAACCUAAACCUUACUGCCCUAAAAUGGGUGACAAUAGCAGAUUUCAGGGAAGUGGAGACAUUACCGACUUGGUUCGGAAACUUAUCCUCUCUUAAAUCACUAUGUAUUUGGGAAUGCCUUCGAUUAAAGUAUCUACCAAGUGGGCUAUCAUUCUUCACUACUCUCGAGUGGCUUGGGAUAUACAGAUGUCCUAAUCUGGUCUCUGCUAACUUAGAGGAGAUCCUCAGCAGCCUUGCUUGCUUGAAGACAUUAUGGAUCGGUCCUUUCCCAGAAGAGUUGGAGGAAUUCCCAUGUCUGAGUUCCAUUCACAACCUCAGCACUUCCCUCGAAGAAUUGCGUUUGUGUGGUUGGGCAAAGCUAAUUCAGUUGCCACAUCAAAUUCAACACCUCACAGCUCUAAGGAUUUUGUUUAUAUUUUAUUUCCAUGGAGUAAAAGCUUUGCCAGAGUGGUUGGGAAACCUGUCAUCUCUUCAAGAUCUGUGCAUUGAGAAGUGUGAGAAUCUGAAACAUCUCCCUUCUGCAGAAUCCAUUCGACGCCUCUCCAAAUUGAAAUUCCUUAAGAUUUCGAAAUGCCCUGAGUUAGAGACAACAUGUCACAAGGAAGGCGGUUCAGAGUGGUACAAGAUUUCUCACAUUCCAACCAUCAGAAUAAAUGGAGAGGACAUAUAAUCACAAGAUUCAAGUUUCCAAGAGGCAAAUGGUUUUUACAUAUUAAUUAGAAGUUUCCUUUGUUUUUCUACAUAUAUAUAUAUAUAUAUAUAUUUACCUUAUUCCAUUUCUUUUACUUUAUGUGUAGCUGAAGAAUAGAUAAUCGGUUGAUUGGGAGGAAGAUUUCUAGAAUUCAGAAAUGAACUCCAAUGACAAGAACCUAUUAGCUUCUAGCUUUUGAGAGUUGCAUUACAGUAACAGCACAGGGGGAUUUCAUUUUUGGUUGGGCAGCGGAAAGUUGUAAGAGGCGAUCUUCAUCCAAUAAGUUGGGCAAUGGCUCACGAAUGGUAGAAAAGUGGCUUCACCAUGGGAAACUCAUUCUAGAUGUUCUUGGAGGUGCUCAAUUUUAAUCCAUAGGAAAGAUUCCUUGUAUCUUUCAUGUGUGUUCAUUAAACGAAAAUUAUUGCAGUGAUCUUAAUUCACUUUAUGCAUUAAGGGACGGACUUACAGGGAUUACUGCAGCAAGAGGCAAUUUAAGAGGGGUGUUCUUGUUCUUUAGUUUAUAUGAACAUAUCUCUCCAACUAUUACUGUAUCACCUUCUUUUACACCAAGCUUCAUAGGAGAACGAUGUGUUGGAACCUUUUCUGAGAAUCCAUAUAUCUGGUUCAAAAGAAUUACACAGGUUAUAUCAAAAGUUGUAAAAGGGAAGUUCAAUAUGAGCCAGAAAAACUUCCUAAUUAAGUAUAUUAGAGCAACUGAGCCAGCAUAAGUUGCCGUUCGGUGGUACUUUGAACUGAGGCUUUGUAACUCAAGUACUCCUAAGAUUACAUUUAUAAGUUGGUUUCUCCCUCCCUAUCUGUGAUUCACAAAGGAAGUUAGUGCUUAGAAUUGCAGGGAUCAAAACCCUUGACCUUGACCCCAAAAUCAAGGUUUUUGAAGUUA